AUGGAUGUAUCGAGACUCGAGAUCUCCACCGACACAAGGAAGAAACGGAUCAUCAAUGACCAGUACCGUAUCCUACGAAAAAUUGGGCAGGGCCAAUCGGGUAAGGUGCUUCUAGCAGAAAGAGUGAUCCAGCUGGGAGAUGAAGACAAGCUCGUGGCAAUCAAAACCAUCAACCGAAUUGACAAAACCAAGCUCAUUACCAAGACUUACUUGAGCCACAUGACCAAGAUUAAGCGAGAAAUCCAGAUCAUGAAGGAGUGUAAUCAUCCCAACGUCGUGAAGUUGUACCUGGUAAUUGACGACCUCAAGUAUGAUAAGAUACUCUUGGUGCUAGAAUACUGUUCCGACGGAGAAAUCGACUGGAAACGCUACAACCACUACACAGAGAAGCUCAAGAAUGGGCGGGGACUCACCAUCAACAAGAUCUUACGGGAUGUUGUCAAUGGACUUGAGUAUUUGCAUGAAUAUAAGGGUAUUAUCCACCGAGACCUAAAGCCUUCGAAUCUUUUGAUCCAGGGCAACAGCAUGAAAAUCACCGACUUUGGGGUGUCUCUUAUUCUCGAGAACAAUGCCAAUGAUGCCAAAGAGUUGGGGAAGACCAUGGGGACCCCGGCCUUUUUUUGCACCAGAGCUUUGCCAGUUUAUAUCUGGUCGUUGGGAGUCAUCUUGUACUGUUUGAUAUUCAACGAUCUCCCAUUCAACGGUAAAAACGAGUUUGGGCUCUUCAAGAACAUCGUCACUAAGGACCUCAAGUUCCCCCAAACUCGCUUCAGCUCCAAGUUCACCGAGUCAGACCGCAAGGAGUUCAAUCUACUCUGUGAUCUCAUCUCGAAGAUCCUAGUCAAAGACCCCAAUCACAGAUAUACCAUUCAAAAUAUCAAGGACCACAGUUUUACCACAUUUGACUUGACGAUGUCCGAGUCUCUACGGUUCAAAAGGUUUAACGACGGGGUGAUCCACAAUCAGUUAGGCUUGACCAACAAGAUCAAAAAGUUCUUUGGCGGAAAGCCUAUGGAAAGUGUUAACCCAAUCAAGAUUGAGCAUUACGACGGUGACUAUAACCACUUGGAACCUGUGGACGAUUUGCUUGACAGCUACUUUGAUAGCUCAUCGAUGGGAUCCAUGGAAAGUGACGAUGAUGGAGCAGAAGAUAUACAACCCAUUGCUGUUGUUACUGGCUCCCAUGAGUCGAUUGAAGACAAAAAAGUCGAGUUUUUGUCGAAUGAAGAUAGAAAAGAUUACCCCCUCGGUCCAGACCGAUUAUUUGCAUCCAACCGCUUGAGUGAGCGAGUACAGGCACCACCGUCACUCAACUUCACGGCUCCUCGGCGCAAUACCCUCAGUUCUCCCGUCAAAAUCGGCACCUCAACUCCAUUGGCACCAGUUUCCACGCCAUUGUCCGCCAGCCCGUCGCUCUCGAGCUCUUCCAGCAUGAUAAGCCCACGACCAGUGACGCUUGGGCCACUGUCACCAUCAACGUCGGUGUUCUACAGCCCUACGCGAUCGUUCUUCGAUAAAAUUCACGGCAUGAAUCACACCAUUAGCUCGCUUUCCUCACCUCCGGACACAAGGGGAUUUAAAAGUAAAGAUGUCAACGACAAACUUGAUUUGGAGCCACCCAACAUCUUCGGCAGCCGGCACUCGUCAGUAGGGUCGGUCGGCUCGUCGCACCGGAAAAACAGUUUUGGCAGCCCAUUGAUGAGAAUCACCAGUUCGAGCUCUUCGUUGAACCUCAACGCGUAUUUGACAGAUGACAAUUUUUCAAUCAACCUCCGCAGUCAGGAUGAAAGUGACACGGACAGUGUGGUGAGCGAUGCCGUGGGAGGUUCUGACGAUGAGGUAGAUGAUGAGGCGGAUUCUACUUUUGUGUACGGAGAAGUUGACACAAACAUAAAUACAAACACUAACACCUCCAAAUUUAAGUUCCAGGACAUGGGCGAAUACCUCGACCGUUUAGAUUGAUUUUUACAGGCUGUCCUUAGACGUCGGCUCGUGCCUGCAUGAGCGACAUGCAUUGGCCAUUGCCGAACCUUUUAGGGUCGUUGACGAUGCUUUGACUAUAGAUGCACCCUGCAGCCUCAGUUUUGAACAGACGGCGGAGUAAUUGGCAGUGGAUGCACCACGGAGAAUUGGGUGCAACAUGACUAAAAUGGCAUGCAUGUGGGUGAUGGCUUGCGUACGCCGUGGGUCGAUUACCAAAGAUGCGGAGCACAAUGGCGGUGAAAUUCCACCUGAAACGGACAUCCACCUCAUCACCAACUGAAAGAAUAAUUUCAAGUUCGGUUGCAUGAAACAAUGCGAGAUCGAAAAUUUGGGUUGCCUAAUGCAGGCAUUGAUAAAUAAAUAAUCGGAAUUUACUACACGCACAAAGCAGCGAUGAGAAUCAAACAAAGAGGAGGAGGUGGCAUCAACUUAUUGAUAUACGUAUGAUGCAUACCAUGGUGUUUAUGUAUACGUAAUAUCGGGGUAUAUCCUCGUGCUAGUGUUUGUGUUUAUGUAUACCUCAUUGUUCAUUUAGACUCUAUCCUGUCACGGACCUCACCUCUACCACUACCGCCGCCACCACCACCACCACGCCGUGCUCCGCGCACCGCGCGCGUACUAGCUCAGGCCUGUAUAAACCUUAUUGUUCCUCUGGCACAAAUACUCACUUAUUUAAAUAACAAGACUGCCCCUGAUUAUCGCAACUCUGCACAAACCUCCGUUUUUUCAAACUACGUAUAUACUUUGUAUACCCAACCCACACCAUCCUUCCCACCACGUACAUCCCGUUCCCUCGGCUCUCGUUCUUCCUGUCCUGUUAUC